AUGUACAAUCCUGUGAACGAGGGACUGGUCGCUCUGGGGGAGAAGUAUGGCAUCAACGACUUCAUUUUGAGAUAUGCAAUAUGUUUACUGGGAUCCUUCCCGCUAAAUGCAAUACUAAAGAGACUUCCCGAUGAAAGAAUAAAUUUAAAAUGUGGCUAUAUAUUGGGGGUUUCGCUGUUUUUGUUAUUCGGUGUGUUAGAUCUUUAUAAGGGAUUUCAGACUCUGUUUAUCAGUACAAUUUUUACAUAUGUGACCUCACGAUUUUAUCGCUCAAGUUUUAUGCCACAUCUGAACUUCAUGUUUGUUAUGGGCCAUUUAGCUUUCAGCCAUCUUCACGCCCAAUUUUUCAAUGAACAGAAUGGUGAUACUAUUGAUAUCACGGGAGCUCAGAUGGUUUUGGUUAUGAAACUAACAUCGUUUGCCUGGUCUUAUUAUGAUGGAUCGUACACAAAAGAUGAAGAUUUUGCAGAAUUAAGUGAAUAUCAAAAAUCUCGUGCCAUCAGAAAGCAUCCGUCGUUACUGAAGUUUUUGGCAUAUGCAUAUUUUUAUCCAACUUUGUUGACAGGCCCAAGUUUUGACUUUGCAGAUUUUGAUAGUUGGCUAAACUGUGAAAUGUUUCGCGAUUUGCCGGAAUCUAGGAAACCUAAGAGACGUCUGGAUCCUACCAAACGAAGACAAAUACCGAAAAAUGGUCGAUUGGCAUUUUGGAAAGCUUUACAGGGCCUUAUGUGGCUAUAUUUGAGUUUGUCAGCUCCCAAAUACGUCAACACCGAUUAUAUGCUUGAUAAAUCAAAGUUUGAACAAAGGUCUUUCUUUUUCAGAAUUAAUUAUAUGUACAUUUUGGGAACCACCUUCAGAUUCAAGUAUUAUGCCGCAUGGACAAUUGCUGAAGCUGCAUGCAUUCUUUGUGGAUUGGGAUAUAACGGCUACGAUUCGAAGACUCAAACAAUUAAGUGGAAUCGAGUGCAAAAUAUUGAUAUUUGGCACGUCGAAAUGGCUCAAAGUACUCGUGAAACUUUUGAGGCUUGGAAUAUGAAUACUAAUAAGUGGCUGAAAAAUUAUGUUUAUUUAAGGGUAGCCAAGAAAGGCAAGAAACCAGGUUUCAGGUCAACAUUGUUUACUUUCCUAACUUCAGCAUUUUGGCAUGGAACGAGACCUGGUUAUUAUUUAACCUUUGCAACAGGUGCACUAUUUCAAACAUGUGGUAGAAUUUACAGACGUAAUUUCAGGCCAAUGUUUUUGUCAAAAGAUGGUAAGACUCCCUUACCAUAUAAAUGGGUUUAUGACGCGAUUUGUUUUUAUGUCAUAAAACUCGCAUUUGGAUAUUUGGUCCAACCAUUUAUUAUUUUAGAUCUUGGAAAGUCUUUGCAAGCCUGGAAAUCAGUAUAUUUUUAUAUUCACAUUGGUGUGGCUGCAUCGUUGUUUCUAUUCAGAGGUCCAUAUGCUAGGAAAAUUAUCAAAUUUUGUCAAUCAAAACAACCUAAAGAAGUUGCACUCAAUGAACAAAGGAAAUUGGAGAAAGAAAUUUCCGCCUCAUCUGCUUCGUUAGGUGGCAUACUGUCGGAUAAGCUUGCCUAUGAAAAAAAGAAUGGAAGUGAGCUACAAAUGAAUUUAGGAAUUCCUGAAAUCGAUCUCUCUAAUAUUGACGAUGCAAAGAAAGAGUGGAAUGAAUUCUGUGAAGAUUAUUAUGACUGGAGAGAUAAAAAUGGUUUGGCAAUUGAAGAAGAAAAUCUUGCAAAAGCUUUCAAGAGAUUCCAACGAGAAUUUGCUUCUAGGAGUGACGACAAAAAGACUGAAGAAAGGAGAAUGAGCUUUAGCGACUACUCGCCCCACCCGUUUGCAGGAGAUAAAAAACAAGACUAA